CAUUGCGAACGGCAGUUUUAUAUUGAGAGAAUUGGAAAAGAAGUUGAACAGAAAGUGAAGUGCCAAUUCAAAGCUGUCGAAGAUUGCCUCCAAGCAACCAUUUAUAAUUUAUUGGAAAGUUCCAAACUUAUCUCUUCUGCGAUCGAUAUGGUUUCCAUGCCAACAAACACAACAACCUUCACGCCAGCAUCCUGUCCAAUCCCUAUGCACUCCUGUGACACUACCCCUCCCCCUGACGAACCUGACUUCAUGGAGGUCACAACUGCUGAGCUUGUUCCCAUGGAGACCACAGCAACAGAACUGGGGAACAUCGUUACGAUAUUUUCUAAGGAAACAAACCUUGAUUCCAGUCAUUUACAAGGUGUUAACCGCAUUUCGGUAGCAGAUAUAACAGCCCUGGUUCCUAAUAGCGACCAAGAGGUUUUCAGCGAUGGAGUGGAUGAUACUAGCGAGACUUCAGAUGAUUCUCAGACAGAGUCAUUACUGGAAAAGCCCUUGCGCAGUAAAAGGAGGUCCAGCACCAAUGUGUCGUACGCGAUGCCGAGUCUUCGAAGCAAACUUCGUAGAGGGGAUCCGUUUACCGAUCCAUUCUUCCAGGGAACAUUCUGUUUAACCAAGUCAAAGAGAAAAGGCUCUAGAAUGUCUACUGGCUGUAUCCAAAAGAAGCCUCGUCAUGCGCUGACAAACUUGACGAACAUAAUAACAGAGGAACAAGAGGCAUAACCAUAUUGUAUGCUGGGCCCAAAUUAGACCAGCUGUACUUAUCAAGCUGGAAAGUAUUUGCAGACAGUGAUCGUCGAUAUAAUUUUCAGUGAAUUGGUUAAUGAAUAUUAACUGUGUAUACCUUGAUACUUUUUCCCAUUC